AUGAUUUAUUCAAUACAUUGGACAAAUUUAUUUUUGCUCAUGGCAAUUAAAAUGGUGCUGUGUGGUGCAGUGGCGGACGCGGGCGACAUGAUAGCCAACGUGAGCCGCGUGCGCCGCGCGCCACAGCCUCACUACUCGCACCGCGUCGUGACGGACGAGGAUUUCGACAUGACUGCGGCAGCGGCGUGGAAGCGCUCGCACUGGCGCGACAUGCAGUCCAUACUCCGGCGCGAGGGCAACCAGAAGGAUGGCGUGCAGUGUUGCCCCUCCGUCCUCGAGAUGGUCACCAAGAAGGGAGGGCGCACCCCCACCGGUCUCUACGUGGAACUCUACGAGGACGGGGAGAACCAGCAGAGACUGUUCGAGGUGUCGUGUGCCCCCAACGUGGUUGACAAGCCGUGCCGCUUCGUCGACGCGCGACUGUACAACGAAUCGAGGUGCAUUCAAAAGUACUCAUAUUCGUACGCCCUCGUGCGAUACCUGCACUCGGCCGCGACGGAGACGCCGCAGCCGCGGACCGAGGGCCACUUCUCCGUGCCAGGCUCCGGCGGCUGGUCCAUGGACUAUGUGCGAGUGCGCGCCGGUUGUGAGUGCCAAAUUAAACCCAAAACAAAUAAACCCGCCCGCAGAAGACACAAGCAGAGGAAGAGGAAUAGGAGAGUGGUAGAAGAUGACGAGACCUGA